AUGAAGAUUUCCGUACAACUCUAUAGCUGGAUCAGCAUCUUAGUACUCCCAAGCGCAGCCACCAAGCAUCCGGGCCAAUUGUCAGAACUUUAUGUGCCCAGCGUAGAAGAAUGGAACGAGGCAGAGAGUAAAGCCCACGCUUUCGUCGCCCAGCUCAUUCUCACCGAGAAGGUGACGAUGGUCACGGGCACCUUGCUUGACGUCGGCACAGGCUGUAUUGGGAGAAUCAGACCUGUUUCACGACUUGGUUUUCCUGGAUUAUGUCUCCUUGAUGGCCCCAAUGCUAUCAACCGAGCUCAUCUCGUCAGUACAUUUCCUUCAGGAAUUACUGUUGCAGCAAGCUGGGACCGAGAGCUGAUGUAUGAGCGCGGACUUGCCAUGGGCUCCGAGUUCAAAGCCAAAGGGGCACAUGUGAUUCUCGGACCAACAACAGGACCUCUCGGACGUCACCCGCAGGGUGGACGUAAUUGGGAAGGCUCCUCUCCAGAUCCAUAUCUUUCCGGAGAGGCCAUCAAGUACACGCUCAUUGGGCAUUAA